AUGCAGGACAUUAAUAAGUCUAGUUCGACGACCAAACAAGAUAUCGUGCCUGCUCCAAGCUCUUCGCCUUUAAUUAUUCCUUUGACCAAAUCAUCAAGCCGCACUCACUCCCCCGAAAAAGAAGACCAGCUCCAAGAAAUGGCGUGCAUAACAAAGUCCCAGCAGCUGCUGCCCACGACUCAUAGCGAACUCAUAUAUAACAUUCCUACGCAGGAGGCCACGGUACAAAACAGGCAUCAGAGCCAACGCACAAGAGAAAAACAGCUAGAUGAAGAGAUAACUACAAACGGUCGACUAAUUGAUGAAAUGCGCGCUGAACUUCAAACUUGGUCAUUCCGAAGGAAUCAGCUCGCCCGCCAGGCAAGGCCACGUCGUCCAACCAAUCUUAUUAUUCGAAUCGGUGAGAAACGAGUAUUCAUCGGAUCUAAUCAGCAAUGUCCCGACGGAAAGAAUACAGUCAGCUCUACCAAAAUUAGAUCCAAUAUUCCGUGCAAGAGACCUAUGGAAAAAAUUUGA